UAAUAUAGAAUAAUGCAACUGGUAUCUGGUAAGUGGUGCUGAAAGACAGAAAGAGAACCUUUGACUAUGCGCAUCAAUUCAUCUCUCUCUCUCUCUUCUUUCUCUCUCAUCUCUCUCUCUCUGCAACGACGACUUCAAACCCCACCCACCCCUUUCAAAGCUCCCAUUUUUCUCUUUCACGGACCUUUGAAAACUCAUACCUUAUAUAUUCCUAUAUACUACUCAAAUAUCGAUUACCACUAACCAAUUAAAGCAACACCAAAAAAAAAAAAAAAACCAUCCUCCAUUUUCUCUUUCAAAUUCAGCUGCUUGCAAACUCCAAAAAUCAAUUCCAAUUUACUUCUUGUUUCUUCUGCAGCUGUUGUAUUUUCGGCCCCAAUUUCUGGGUUUCUGAUCAGAAGCAGCUCUGCUUUUUGGGGUUUUUUUUUUUUCAAAAUUUUAAUUUUGUCCGAUGCGUUGAUUAAUUAGGUCGGAUUAUGGGAGUGGGGAUUUUUAUCUAGGGUUUGAUGUAGAAUUUUUGAAUUUUUUCAAAGGGGGUGGGGUUUCAAAUUAUUUAAUGGAUCGUUCAUUUGCUUCGAUCCUGUACUGCUUUGUUCUGGUGUUAGCAACAUUUUCCCGGGUUUCUGCCAACGGCGAAGGUGACGCGUUGUUUGUGUUUAAGAGCAAUUUGGAUGAUCCGAUAAAUGUUCUCCAGAGUUGGGAUGCGACUCUCGUCAAUCCUUGCACUUGGUUUCACGUUACAUGCAAUCCCGACAAUAGUGUUACUCGAGUUGAUCUUGGAAAUGCGAAUUUAUCCGGUCAACUAGUUCCGCAGCUUGGGCAGCUCCGGAAUUUACAGUACUUGGAACUUUACAGUAACAAUAUAAGUGGAAUAAUUCCAAGUGAGCUUGGGAACUUAACAAACUUGGUUAGCUUGGAUCUUUAUCUCAACGCACUUAGUGGUCCAAUUCCCGACACGUUGGGCAAGCUUCAGAAACUGCGUUUCUUGAGGCUCAAUAAUAACAGUUUAAGUGGAGAAAUUCCGAAUUCUCUGACUACAAUCUUCAAUCUUCAAGUCCUUGAUCUUUCAAAUAACCAACUCACGGGGAAAAUUCCAGUCAACGGAUCCUUUCAGCUUUUCACACCUAUAAGUUUUGCCAAUAAUCGGUUGGAAGCUCUACCUGCAUCUCCACCUCCUCCAGUUACACAAACAACCCCAUCUCCUUCUCAAGUUGGAAAUAGUGCUACCGGAGCUAUUGCUGGAGGAGUUGCCGCCGGAGCAGCCCUUCUAUUUGCCGUUCCUGCAAUAGCACUCGCAUGGUACCGAAGAAAGAAGCCGCAGGAUCAUUUCUUCGAUGUUCCCGCGGAAGAGGAUCCGGAAGUUCACCUAGGACAGCUCAAACGUUUUUCCCUUCGUGAGCUACAAGUUGCGUCGGAUAAUUUUAGCAACAAAAAUAUCCUCGGGCGAGGUGGAUUCGGCAAGGUUUACAAAGGCCGAUUAACCGACGGUUCUUUAGUUGCAGUUAAAAGAUUAAAAGAAGAACGCACUCAAGGUGGUGAACUUCAGUUUCAGACAGAAGUAGAAAUGAUUAGCAUGGCUGUGCAUCGAAAUUUACUCCGUUUACGAGGCUUUUGCAUGACUCCAACAGAGAGGCUUCUCGUUUAUCCUUAUAUGGCCAAUGGAAGUGUUGCAUCGUGCUUAAGAGAUCGGCCCGAGUCACAGGAUCCACUUGAUUGGCCGAUAAGAAAACAUAUAGCACUGGGGUCCGCAAGGGGGCUUGCUUAUUUGCAUGACCAUUGUGACCCUAAAAUUAUUCACCGUGAUGUAAAAGCUGCGAAUAUAUUAUUGGACGAGGAUUUUGAAGCAGUUGUCGGUGAUUUUGGAUUGGCAAAACUGAUGGACUACAAGGAUACACAUGUUACUACAGCUGUACGAGGAACAAUUGGUCACAUAGCUCCCGAGUAUCUCUCGACUGGUAAAUCUUCGGAGAAAACCGAUGUUUUCGGUUAUGGAGUAAUGCUUCUUGAACUUAUCACUGGGCAGAGGGCUUUUGAUCUCGCUCGUCUUGCAAAUGAUGAUGAUGUCAUGUUACUUGAUUGGGUGAAAGGACUUCUAAACGAGAAGAAAUUGGAAGCGUUAGUUGAUGUGGAUCUAAAGGGUAAUUACAUAAACGAAGAAGUGGAGCAAUUGAUCCAAGUAGCUUUACUAUGCACGCAAGGUUCUCCAACGGAACGGCCCAAAAUGUCGGACGUAGUUAGAAUGCUGGAAGGUGACGGAUUGGCCGAGAGAUGGGAAGAAUGGCAGAAGGAUGAAAUGUUCCGUGAAGAAUUCAACCAAUCGCAUAAUCGGCAUAACGAUUGGAUAAGUGCCGAUUCCACUUAUAACAUUAGAGCUGAUGAAUUGUCCGGUCCGAGAUGAUGAUACCUUUUCUUUUUUUCGUGUUAAAUAGUUACCGGUGUAUUUGAUUGUUUUUUUUUCUUCAUUGUAUAUGUGUUUUUCAGUUUUUCGAGAGGUGUUUUUAUUCUAUAGGUAAUUUUUCGGGUGCUGUAAAAAAUUCCAUAGAAGGAAAUAUCUAUGGAAGCACCAAUGUUGUUAUAUAUUUACCAGUGUAUGCCAUUUUUAUGUAUUGAUUGAUGAAUAGACGAAUUAAAAUAAGCAGCUUCAUUUAAAUGAAAAUAUGUUGGUGCUAUAUUUAUU